UGUUUGCUUUGUGGAUCCAUUUCCCCCGCAGUAGUCUGUGUGUAUGGAUGGUUCCCUGUUAUGCUGGGGACCUAUGGAGACAGGGCUCUGUCUAUACAGAAGAUGCAUCUGUGCAUACUGAGUGAUGACAAAUGCACACGUGUUUUUCCAAGAUUUUCCUAGUACAUUGGGUGAUGAACUGAUGGCAGAUAAUGUCAACCAGUAAUAACAUAGCUCAGGCUCGGAAGCUGGUGGAGCAGCUACGCAUUGAAGCCGGGAUAGAACGAAUUAAGGUCUCGAAAGCAGCAGCAGACCUUAUGAACUACUGCGAGCAGCAUGCCAAGAACGACCCGCUGCUGGUUGGAGUCCCUACUUCGGAGAACCCUUUUAAAGACAAAAAACCAUGCUCCAUCCUAUAACCUCACUCCGGCAGUUCCUUGAAUAGCUCAAGAUGUCUGGUGCCAACGUUCAGAUCAAAUCCAAUUUAUUAGUAAAGUUCAGAUAACUUAAGAUCACAAAAUGUCUUGCAAAGUGCAAAACCAAGUAAGAAGCUUUGCACAUAGGAGAGACACUUAGAUUUCAGUUAUUAGGGGAGGUUUCAAUGGCAGCCUGUAAAGUUGGCAUACGAUAGGACUGUAGCGUUAGGCUUAUUUUUUGUUUUGUCGUCUGUGUUUCCAUGACAGAGGAAAGUUUAGUGCCAGUAUGGCGUUCCGAGAGGAUUUUACUGUAUGUUUAUUGAGGCAGCACUGCUGUAUACAGCUGUAUGUAAAAAAAAACAACU